AUGGAUAAUGGCGGUGGCUAUUUUCUUACGAAUGAAAGGAAGACGAAGCAAAAAAUUAGGUUUGAACAUGAAAUCGGAGCCAGACACGUGGAUGGUGAGGUGCUAACGCCUUGGAAGAGGCGAGCCGUCGCGUAUCUUGUAAGUCAGAUUUUUCAUUUUUCACCGCCAAUAGAGAGUUCUAUUCCACGUGGUAACACGUGGCAGCUUCUUCUUUUUUUCCGGGCUCCUCCAAUCUCUUCAUAUUAAAAGGUUUUGUCUCUUCGACCAUUUCAAAGUUCCAAUAUAUUCGGAGUUCUUUGUUUUCUUUUCUUUUCUUUUUAUUAACCGGAUCUCCGUACCCAAAUGCAUUGUAAUACUUUGUGAAGACC